AAGGUUUAGAAACAGCGACGUGACAAUAGAAAAAACAGUCACGAGUGAAUGUGACGAAAAAUAUUCAUUAUCAGCCAAGUGUUAAAAAGGCUUACCAAUCAGCUAUCAAGGUGGAUCAGGGUUGAUAUUCGUUCUAAGUAGAGAACCUGAACCGACAGUUGCCACUUCUCGUACUGAUUACAAUAACUGCCAUCAGCCAGGGACUGCCAAAGGUUGAACGUGGAGAUCUGGCUCCUGGAAUAUUGUUAAAGCAAGGUGGAAGCUACGUUUUGGACAACUAUAUGAACACCGUAACUGAAAACCUCAAGAAGAGAAUCACAGAUGCAGUUGACAUACCAGGCUUUAGAAAAGAAUCUACAUGCGGGGGAAGAGUCUGUGCAUUGAAAUUUGGCCAUAUAAAACUACAAGGUCUCUCGACAAUUUCUAUGAUGGGCACUGUGUCUGGGGGCUAUUCUCAGGAUUUUUUGGGCAUUUGGAUUAUUGGCAUCAUCGAUGCCAUUACUGCUAAAAGUCGAGGGACGCUGACGAUAAAAGGAAGGAAAAGGAACAAGAAGUUCCCACUGACUUUGACAGCAGCCGUCAAGCAGGUUGAUAUUGAUGCCUUAGCCUCUAUAGAUAAGAAUUCUUGCUCUGUGACUCGUACCUCGUCGUACCUGACAGUUUAUGAAACAAAUAUUACGUUCAGCAGGACAGAUUACAAUGUUAUUCUUGAAACCACUCCUCUGAUCGAAGAGAAAAUAAAGAAUUACAUAGAGAACUAUACCAGUACCUUCCAAACACUGCUCUAUGACGUUAUGAGGACGACCCCUUUGCCAGAUGGCGUCAAGAAUCAAUUACAGUGCUACGGAACAACAACAGGAACAACAGCAGCAGCAACAAUAACAACAACAACAACAGGAACAACAACAACAAGAGCCACAACAGGACAAACAACAUCAGGGCAGGGAUGGAGGUCCAACGACCAAGAAGAAGAGUGAGUGAACGUCAAGGACAAAUUGAUUGAUGUUCAUCAAUCACAGAAGGCCAAAUGGAAAGACUAAUGGAAGGAAACCUGAUCCCUUGAACAAAAUUUCUGUCAAGAACGCACGAACGAUUUUUUGCACACUUCCCUUUUCAGAAGCACCGAGAUGCACUUGUAGCCUAUUCACGAGUGGAACUGUGUUGGCCACGAUGAUGCCUUUUUGGAGUGGAUUAUUUGAUGCACGUAGUAUAUUAGAAGCACUGUCUUUACUGUUAGAAAAGAAGAAAAAAAUUGGACGAGAAUGUUGGGCACUAUCCAUGCUUCCUGUCACGAGGUAUAAACAUUCUUUGACACAGCACAUUUCCUACCGAAUGGAUGCCUGGUUCACUUUCACCUGUUCCUAAAUCUAAGUUAGUUUUAUUAUAAACUGUAGAAAAGGUUUUACUAAAAGAAUAAUUUCCCUUUUGAUUUGGAAUUUACAGUUCACUCUGACAAUAAUCUAUUGAUCAGCAUCACCGAGCUUUAAGAGCGAAGGCAAAACAAUAUCUUUACUUACUACUGAUUGAUGUUUCAGGACUAUUCUUAAAUCAUCAAUUGAUCCUUCAGGAAUAUUCUUAAAAAUACCUGGUUUAUCUUUUCUCCCUUAACUGAAAUGAAUAAAAAUUGGCUUGUCAUGAUUUUUCUUAUUAGAAUUUACCUUCUUUUAUGUGAAUUCGAUGGUUCAGGUUCCAGUGCAAAAAUUUCUGAUUCUUGAAAUUAUCAAGG